CUUAGUCAAGGAAUGACACUUGAAGAGCUUGAAGAUGCUGUUGCAAGUGAACGUGCUAAAGCUGAUUUACACUACGCAGUUGAUUCACGUGUUAUUGAAACAUACGAUGCAAGAAAAGCUGAGACUCCAUUUAGAGUUGUUGAUGAAAUAAAUCAAGGAAUGGAUCCUCGUAAUGAGCGAUUGGUUCAUAGUCAGAUGGUUCAGACUGCUUGUCGACCUAAUACAUCGCAGUAA